AGGGGGAGCAGCAGGCAGGCGGAGAGAGCAGGCCAGGUCACACGUGAUCAGGAGCCGCUUCGUCCAACAUCGAGAAACGAUCUCGCUGCCUCUGAAUUAAAACUACUCUCCCCCGAACGGAGAAGAUGGUGACGAAGAUGCCGAUUCUUCUGGUUCUUGGAGUGAACUUCCUGUCUUGUGCAGGUUUUCCGGUGUAUGACUACGACCCGUCCUCCUUGCGGGAAGCCCUCAGCGCGUCCGUGGCCAAAGUCAACGCCCAGUCCUUGAGUCCGUACCUGUUUCGAGCCUUCAGGGGCUCAAUUAAAAGGGUCUAUGUCCUGGACCAGGAUAGCUUGAGCAUGGACCUAGAGUUUGGCAUUCGGGAGACAACAUGCAGGAGAGAAUCUGGAGAAGACCCCUCUACCUGUGACUUCCAAAGGGGCUACUACAUGCCGGCAGUUGUUUGCAGAAGCACGGUGCGGAUGUCUGCCGAGCAGGUGCGGGACGUGUGGGUUCGCUGCCACUGGUCGUCCAGUUCUGAGUCUAAUAGCAGCGAAGAGAUGGGUUUUGGGGACAUAUUGGGAUCCUCUACAUGGAGAAAUAUGUACCUACCUGGUCUCAGUCCUGACAAGUCCAGAAGCGAACGCAGUGAACGGUCGCUCGAGAGCCUGAGAAGGAUCUUUCCUCCCGGGAAUCGAGGGUACCCGUACAAGGGGCACAGAACAAGGACAAACGCUGGCUUUGAGUAACAGCCUCGAGAUUGCUCCGCGGUCUCUUCCACUUGCCCGCCCUCAUCAAUGAUCUGCAGUUACUUCCAAGCACACGUCUCUUACCACGCUCUAUCCCGAGAUGCAGGCCCACUGGAUGCAGUUGCUAUGGUUACCUGUGACCUCUCGGGUCCCACCCAGCCUCCUCGUCAGCUCCCUGCCUUAAUUGAGGGCAUCGCCAUCCACCUAAUUUUCUCAAGCUCAAAAUUUUAGAGCACCGUUGACUCUUUACCCUUUCUCUUCUCCCAACAUCCACAGGGGUCCAGUCUUACUGAGUUGGGCCGCACGUUUUCUCUGGCAUUGGCCGAUCACUUGCUCGCCAUCACCACCGACCGGGGCAUGCUUUCCUGCCUCCGGUCCUGAUCUUAUGCUGUCCACCUUGCACGCUGUCCUCAGGCUUCUCUUGAAACACAGGGGGGUCUCUGAUCCUUUCCACGUAACCACCCUAAUGCUCGCUUCACUUACGGGAUAAAGCAGAGGUGUGCAAAAGACAGGCACUAAGCCAAAAGGAAGAAAAGCCUAUUGGCCCCCAGUGCUGUGGGGAGCUGCACACUGAGCCCUGCUUCACCAAACCAGCCCUGAGUGUCACCGACUCUCACGAGUAUAUAGAUUCCCAGUUGCUAGGGCAUUUGUAGCUAAGUCUUGUUAAAGGCUCCCAAGUAGUAAGGGGAUAUCAGGAAGUGGACACCUAGAAGGAAUCCUCAGAUGCGAUUACAGACAUCGAUUCCCUGCACAUCCAGUUUUGCACAGAAACACAAGUUAAUAACAAACCUUGCGCUCUCACAGGCUUCAGUUUACACAGCACUGUAACCCUUCAGGAUAAAGUCCAAACUCCUCAGCGUGGCCCACAAAGGCCUUGGUGACCUGGCCCCUGCCCACUUCUCCAAGUCGGCCUCACCCCGAAGCUCCAGCAGUACUGACAUCCGCCCGGCUCGCCCUGCUGUGACCUCUGCAGGGAACAGCCCCCCCGCUGCUCUCCCCUCACUGGUCAGGCCUCAGCUGGGCGUCCAGUCUUCCCAUGGGCGGUCUCCUCUGAUCCCUUUAGGACGGUCCUCAUCACGGGGCCUCCGCACUCGUCCGUCCCCUCUCUGCCGCAUCACGUUGCACGGGAUCCCCCGGCGCAGGGCACAGGGACUUCACUUGCUAACAUCCGACUGCCCAGCACGGAGCCUGGCACGCGGCAAGCGUUCAGCAAGUAGUUUUGAGUGGGUGAUGGAAUCUUCCACGUUAGGUCCCUGAAAUAGUUAUUUUUUAAAAAAUCACUUAAGCCUCGUAUAAUUAAUUUUUAACCGCCGGAGUUUGAAGGAAGUCAACUGACAUUUUACUAAAAUAGAAGGAAAAUUUACCAGUGAGGCCGUAUUGGAUGAAAGAUGCAAACAGUAGGUUUUCUUUUUAAUCCGUGUGCCUCCUAAAAAUAAACACCAGCUUCGUAUGGAGAUCAGGAAACUACUCAUUACGAAGAAGUGGACUCAUCAUAUUCCUUUUUUUUUUUUUUUUUAAAUUUAAAUCAUUUCCUUUUGCUUUAUAGAGCAUCCUUGGGGAAAAAUACAAUGCUCAAUGAACUGGCUGUAUUUCAUCUAUUAAUAAUAGGAUUAUAUUGGGCAUAUACGCACACACGUAUUGCAAUACAAAUUCUUGAUUUGAUUUCCAUAACAAAA